UUGUGGCCGUGCAUGGAGUCGCGGUCUCCGGGGGAGCCCACACGUCCUGCCGGGGACCGCUCCCUGGGAAUCCGGUUACUGUAACUGGAUCGGGUCAAAGUCCAUCUUUCAAAAGUGACCUCCCUCAGACCUCUGCAUCCCGGCGGAGCAGAACGGAGGCUUUGGAGCCUGCCUGGCAUAGUUUCAGUGGAAACCUGGAAGUUAUUGUCCAGUUCCUAAAUGUCAGCCUGCGGCAGCUAGGGACCAAAACUCGAGGCGCUUUUCUCCUCCAGAGGAUGGUGUCUAAGAAAAAGAAGUGAGACUUGGGAGUCCCAACCCCGGAAACUGAGAAAGAGUGGAAUUUACUGCGAUAUGUGUGGCAGCUGUGACGGGGGGUGGGCAAAGAACUCAAGUGAAUCAUGGCUUUAGAAACCUGAAAAUCGGAGGAGAGUGACUUCUGGGGCAUCAUUCAUCGUCUGCAAAAGCCUGCAAAUAGUCUUUGGCACUUCAUUCGCCCACACAGCUCCUCGAUUCCUUAGACUGCAUCCUUUUUCUUUUUUAAACAAAAACUCCAAAGAAAAAGUCCGUUCACUGAAGAACCUGCUUUGUAGAGAAACCUAGAAGCUCAGUAUAUUCUAGAAAGCAGAAACUACUCCUCAUCUCCCUACUCUGGUUAAUAGUGGCAUGGAAGAUCCAUUUGAAGAAGCAGAGCAGCCCUCUGGAGAUCCAGGCAUGGUCCUGGAUGGUGUGGAAGCAGGGGACACAACACCUCCCACCAAGAGAAAAAGCAAGUUCUCAGGUUUUGGCAAGAUCUUCAAGCCGUGGAAAUGGAGGAAGAAAAAAAGUAGUGAUAAGUUUAAAGAGACAUCAGAAGUUUUAGAGCGAAAAAUAUCUAUGCGAAAACCAAGAGAAGAGCUGGUUAAAAGAGGGGUUCUAUUGGAAGACCCUGAGCAGGGUGGUGAGGAGCCAGGAAAGCCGAGCCAUGCCACAUUAAAGAAUGGCCACACUACCCCCAUAGGGCGUGCCAGGCCUCCUAGUCCAGUCCCAGUGGAAGAAGAGCCAGUGAGAAUAUCAAGUCUUAGGAAUCCUACUCCAGCAGAGGAUCCAAAGAAGAGACUCGGCUCCACUGGAAGCCAGCCUAACUCCGAAGCGGAGUCUGCUCCUGAGCUCGCAGCUAAGCAGCCUCUGCUCCCGCCAAGAAGACUCUCGUCCUCUUCUAAUGAAACAAGUGAAGGGCAAGCAAAGGAGGCUGCGUCUGGCAGUGCCGCCACGAAGUCCGUCUCCUCCACUCCUGGCUCCACCGCCAUGACACCUGCUGUCACCAUUGCUGCCCCAAACCUCACAAGGACUGCUCAUCCCUCUGUCACCCCUGCCCCAGCCCCCAGGACUCUGCCGCCACCUGCUGCCGCCGCCAGCACUAGCACUACUGUCCCUCCUGCCAAGCAGCCCCCCAUCCCUCCUCCUAAACCAGCCCACAGAAACAGCAACCCUGUCAUUGCUGAACUAUCCCAAGCAAUAAACAGUGGUACACUGUUACUGAAACCAUCCCCACCCUUACCACCCAAGAGAGGCAUUCCAUCAACCUCAGGACCCACCUCAGAGCCUGCUGCUUCACCCACAACAAAAACAGCAAGUGAUCAAAGAGAAAAAACUGUCACUGUGUGUUCGGAUCCACCGAUGAUAAUCCCGCCUUCCUCCCCAUCGCCCCCACUGCCUACCCACAUACCUCCAGAACCCCCGCGGUCCCCACCAUUCCCUGCUAAGACUUUUCACAUUGUGUCAGAAGUUGAGUUUUCCCCUCCUUUAGAUCUAUCCCAGGACAUAUCCCAGCAGGAAAAUCAGAAAAAGGAAGUCCCCAAGAAGAUACAGGACCAGAGCUUCGGGGACCCCCACAUACCCUCCAGGCUGCCCCCACUCCCGCUGCAUAUCCGAAUUCAGCAGGCCCUUACUAGCCCCCUUCCUAUGACUCCUCCCUUGGAAGGUGCUCACAGAGCUCAUUCACAGCUGUUUGAGAGCAGUGACAGCUUCUCUGAGGACAGUGGGACCCUGGGUCGGACCAGGUCACUUCCCAUCACAAUUGAAAUGCUGAAAGUUCCAGACGAUGAAGAAGAGGAGCAGACUUGCCCACUGGCAUUUGUUGAAGACAUGACAUCUACCUCAGUCACUCCUAAACUGCCACAGUGUCUGCAAGAGGAAGAAAAGGAGAGCGACUCGGAUUCGGAGGGUCCCAUUCAGUAUCGAGACGAAGAAGAUGAAGAUGAGGAAGACGAAAGUCAUCAGAGUGCUCUGGCCAACAAAGUGAAGAGGAAAGACACAUUGGCAAUGAAGCUAAGCAGCAGACCCAGUGAACCAGAGUUGAACCUGAAUUCUUGGCCUCGUAAAAGCAAGGAGGAGUGGAAUGAAAUACGGCACCAGAUUGGGAACACGCUGAUCCGGCGACUGAGCCAAAGACCGACAGCAGAAGAACUGGAGCAACGCAAUAUACUACAGCGUGAGUGCAGGUCUUUGUGGGCCGUGAGUGCAAUGUGCAUAAGACCAGGAGUGUUUGCUAAAGGGCCACGGAGAGUUAGUUCCUGCUCUGGAAGCCCAGCUUCCUAGAAAGAUGUCUCCAUGGUAUUGUUCAGUGUACUAUAAUAUGCCAGAAAUUUUUUUCGAAUGUUUUCAUAGCAUCCUGGGUCUAUGUUGCCAUUUGUGAUAAUGUGACAAUGUGUGCAGGCUUGGCCUAUGCAUUCUUUGUUUAGGGAGCUAAGGUAAUGGCUGAGCUGAUGUACAGGACAUAUCUGUUCCUGGUGGAUCUAAGGAUA